AUGAAUGUGACCUUUGGCAAGUCGGACUCUUCCGCCGCCGCCCCGAGGCAGAUUCGCUUCGUCCACAACCAAGGCCAGCCGCCCUCCAAGCGCCGCAGGAUCAACGCCGCAUGUCUCACGUGCAGACGCCGCAAGACACGCUGCGACGGCGAGCGCCCGACAUGCUCGACCUGCACUAAAAACGGCCACAAGUGUCUGGGCUAUCCCGACGAGAAUAAGCGCGACGGCCCCGACGUCGCUGACCAGUCCAUCGACGAAAACGAUUCGGAGACAGUCCCCAUCACGGCUUCGUCGUCUGCUGCGCGCUCUCGUCCCGGCCCGCCCACCGGCGCCGAGCCCGACCGGCCCUCCCGAAGAACGGACGGUGAUGCCGGAGACCGCGAUACCGCCACACGCGCUCCCGCCACUCACACCGACUCGAGACCUCAUCGCUCUCCAAUUCAACUACCUCUGGGUGCCCCUCCGCGUGUCGCAGCCACCAUGACCACGCCUCCCACCGCCGCCCAGCUCACGCCCACGGGUCUCGAGCCCUCGCCCUCGCUCUCCUCCAGCCACCCGCCUCGGACAGCCUCGACAGAUGACCUGCCCUCAUCCCCGACAGCCCUUCGCCGAAAUCAACACUACACUUGCCGCAUCCCCUACUUUCGCUACUUUGGCCCCACCGCGAUCGUCCCGGGCUUCAAGCAAAUGGUCGUCUCCGUGCGAGAUCGUCGCCUGUCCGCCUCGGGCGCCGGCUCCCAUCCAGGCACGUCGCCCUUGUCCACCAACAGCGCCGUCUUUGCCUCCAGCUCGACCGGCAACAGCGACGUCGUUGUCGACGACCUGCCCUCGUACGAUCCCAACGCCGCUGGCCCCGUCCACCCGCUCCUCCUGCACCUCGCCGAAAUCUUCUUCACCCACGUCGGCUGCAACUUUCCGUUUCUCAAGAAGGAAAAGGCACUCCGCCAUAUCCGUGAGAAGAGGGUCGAGCCCAUACUUGUUGACUCGAUAUGCGCGCUGGCCGCCCGCUUCUCCGACUCGCCCGCGUUGACAGGCGGCAACAACAAGAUGCCCCGGACCGAGCGUGGCCAGGUCUUUGCGCAGCGCGCCAAGCAGGCCACCGUCGACACCUUUGCCUGUCCCAGCGUCGAAGCCGUCCAGGCAUGCCUCUUGAUGGCCUACGAGGGCUUCGGCGCCAAUCAGGACAGCGCUCUGUGGAUGUACCUCGGCCUAGCCAUUCGCAUGGCGCUGGACCUGGGCCUGCAGAAGCGCGUGGGAAUCAAGUAUCAGGGUGAAAAGGAUCCUUGGAACACGCAGCAGCGCAGUCGCGGCACCAAUGACCCGGAGAGCCCCGAGGACCGGCGUCGCGAUGACGGGGAUCUUAGCGAGACAGGGCAGAGAGAGCUGGAACAGGAGCGAAUCGACACAUUUUGGGCCGUCUUUGUCCUUGAUCGCAUCAUUUCUUCUGGUACAGGCCGUCCCGUCACACUACGCGACGACGACUUUGAGCUGCCAUUCCCCGAGGCCAGCACAGAUCCCAGCACGGGCUGGCCGAUGCUCUUCCCCGUGCUUGUGCAAAUCAUCCACCUCUACGGACGCGUGUCCGAUGUGCUCAACUACAUUCACAACGUCGAGGAUCUGACGCAGGAGCGCUGGAGCAAGCUCAGCGCUUUUGAGCACCAGCUCACGCGACUGUACAAAAACUGGGGUCACCGGCUGCAAUUCAACGUCAACAAUUUCAAGCACUACCUCAAGGUCGGCCAGGGCAACAUCUUUAUCCUGUUGCACCUCUGGUUUCACGCCCUCUUCAUCAAUCUGCACCAACCCACGGUGCUCAUGGCCUUUGGCGAGCUGCGCAGCGAGCUCCAGCUACUGCCCGACAGCCGCGAGCUGAGCAUGAGCAGCGCCAAGACCAUCUGCGAUAUCCUCUCCUUUGCCGACCUCAUCGACCCCAAGAGCUUCAUUGGCAACCCAUUUACCAGUCAGCCUAUCUACAUCGCCGCUGGCGCCUUUCUCAUGGAAUCGAGCGCCAACGCUUCCGAGGGACCCUCGCGCGAAGCCUCCCCGCCGCCGUCCUCCGCCACCGUCGCCACAGACCGCAAAGCCGCUACCGCCGCGACCACCACUACAAGCCGCGGCCGGUCCUCGCGCCACUCACUGCUCGCCUCGGCCGCCACGCAAAAUUACCAGCGCUGCUACAACUCUCUACAGGAAAUUCACGGCUACUGGGGCGGCAUCAAGUACCUUUUGACGGCACUGGACCAAAAAUCAAAGGGCAUGCGCGACGUUGAGACAUACACGACCGAGGAGUACGAGAGCACCAAAUCGCUGAUGCUGCCGCCGCCCGUGCAGGCCAGUAUUGGCGACCAGCUCAGCCGCCUCCACAGCCAGGGCUCGCCCAUCCCUCCCGGCGCCUUUGCGUGGAGCUUCUCGGGCACGGCCAACUCGCCAAACUCCAACUUUACCGCCAUGUACCAGGCCGCCGCCCUCAACAGCGCCAGCGCCCUCCACACCAGUGGCGGCGCCGGCGGCGGUCCACCCAGGACACAAACGUCGACGUCGGCAUCCAGGCCGCCCGUGCCAGCGCCCGCGUCCCGUGAGGAGGGCGGCACGCCCCCGGGCAACAUGAUUUACGACCCCAUCCGUCCGACGCAGACGAGCACCAUGUUUCCGCCGGCAGUCCCGCAGCCCAACCUCUCCGCACUGCGGCACUCGCCACACCAAAGCGGUGGUGGCAGCAGCGGUCACAGACUGGCGCCAACCGGGCUGCGCUUCGACGGCGGCGUCAACGACGAAGCCAAGAUUUUUGCGUCCCCACACCCGACGUACACGCCGACAAGCCAGCACUCGAACCCGUACGAGGCGUUUUCGCCGCCGCAGCAAGGCGACGGCAGUCAGCCCAUGUACACCGCUGCUGCUGUCGCAGCCGCCGCGGCCAUGACGCAGCAGCCGCAAUUUGGCACGUGGGGUGGCGGGCCGAUGAUGGGCCAGAUGGACGGCAUCACGUUUAAUAGCCGCGACAUUGACGUCGAAGAGCUGGGGCUCCAACAGGAUCUAAUGAGCGGGUCGUGGCUGGAUUUGACGACGGACGUGCUGGGCUUGUUUGAGAGCCCGGAGAUGCACAACCACGGAACUUGA